CGGAGCAAAGGCAAACAUUUCCCCUUGGCCAAAAACGUCACACGGACCACACGGCGUAUGCGUAAUAUGUGCAUCUGAUUCGGCGAGCCUGGUCGGCUUUUGAACGGGUUUAUCUGGUAGUCCACAGGAGUUGGCCUGAGAACGAAUGCAAAUGUCCACGUCCAUCAGCUGUCCGCAGCUGCUGAAAGUUGAUGGCCCGCGAUGAAGACAGCGGACCGGUCAAAACCAACACCCAACUGUGUUUCCAAUUAAACGCCGCUUAGCCAAACAACGCGGCCAAACAACCAAACAACCCGAUCAGCCAAACGUCAGCGCUACUUUCAGUUUGCUUUACGGUUAGUUCGUGAGCUUGCCGCACUGAACUUGAAUCUUUAUGUGGCAGACAGUUGGGGCCUGGAGGCACAAGAGCCCCCAAGCCCACCAAGAUCUGAUCCAGAUCCAGAUCAGUGCUCUGCGAUUCGGACCGACUCUGCGAAGUAAGUUCACCAACAUCAGCGUAGAGUGCAGCAAAGACUACUGCUCCGGCAUCCGGGGCUGGUUGACUGCCAAAGGUGAGCUGAACCUGGACAUCCAUCUGAAUCGCACCUUGAGGAAUGGAUUGAGGACAACAAUUACGCUCCUGCAGCUGAUAGAUGGCAAGGAUCGGUACCAGACACUCUUCAGCUACGACAUGGACACCUGCAAGACGCUGCGGGAACUGCUGCAGUCCAGCUUGAUGAAGGUCUGGCUGCGGAACGUGUUCAAGUACGGGAAUCUGGCCGACCGGUGUCCCAUCCAGCCAGCCAGCUACGAUGUGCGCAACUUUCAGCUGGAGAACCACAGCAUUCCGGGGUAUUUGCCAGCGGGAUUCUACCGCCUCCACGACACAAAUUACUACGGAAAGCCCAAGGGCAGGCAGCGCCGUCCGGUGGCCACUUUCAUACUGGAUAUAAAGUUCUAUUAAAUGGAAAUGGAAAAUGCGAAUGCAAGAUGCUCAAGUGGGUCACGGGUGGGGCUAACGAGUUUCAACUUUUCAAGGCUGCAUUUGGCCUCUUGCGAGCUGUGGAAAUCCAAGUUCAUGCCGAUAAAAGUC